AAUGAUCAAUACAUUGGAUAUGGUGUGUGAUGUGAGCCAUGUCCCUUUUUAAAGCCUAGGACUCUGUGUUUACUUAUCAGAUUUAAUCUUUGAUUUAUCUUUGAUUAUGAUGAACUGAUGUUCAUUGCAAGAACUGUGUGCAGGGAGGAAGAAACGCCCAUUCCACAGCCAGGGCGAAAUGAGGUGCAGAUCCGAGUGCAGUCGGUGGGGAUUUGUGGUUCCGAUGUCCACUACUUUGUCCAUGGAAAGAUCGGACGGUUUGUGGUCAAUGCCCCCAUGAUUCUUGGCCAUGAAUCUUCAGGUGUUGUUUCUGCACUUGGGGAUGGUGUGACCAGCCUCAAAGUAGGUGACCGUGUGGCCAUAGAGCCGGGUGUUCCAUGUAGGAUGUGUUCUUUCUGUAAGGGAGGACGUUACAAUCUCUGUCCAGACAUCGUCUUCUGUGCUACUCCUCCAGUGGACGGUUCCCUGCGUCGCUUCUACUGCCAUGCUGCUGACUUCUGUUACAAGCUUCCAGAUCAUGUGACAUUGGAUGAGGGAGCCCUUUUGGAGCCUCUGGCUGUAGGAGUCUAUGCGUGUCGUAGAGGAGGCGUGCAACUUGGAAGUAAUGUUCUGGUUCUUGGCUCAGGUCCAAUCGGGCUGCUGUCUCUGCUAAGUGCUAAAGCUAUGGGAGCAGCUCAGAUCAUUGUCACAGAUUUAGACCAAGGUCGUCUGGACAUGGCGUUGAACCUCGGUGCCCAUCAUGCAUUGCGCGUGGAUACUCGAGAUCCUGAGGAGAUGGCACGUAGAGUUGAAGAAGCGUUGGGAUGUAAGCCGGACGUCAGCGUGGAGUGUAGUGGGGCAGCACCCAGUGUACAGACUGGUAUUUAUGCAACUAAAUCAGGGGGUGCUCUUGUUCUCGUUGGUAGAGGGCCCUAUUCCAUGGAUCUACCCAUUGUCAAUGCUGCAGUCCGAGAAGUGGAUAUACGAGGCGUUUUCAGAUACGCCAAUUGCUACCCUCUAGCCCUUGAGAUGAUUGCGUCUGGUAAGGUGGAUGCCAAACCACUCAUUACUCAUCACUUCCCUCUGGAGAAGACGCUGGACGCCUUUGAGACGUCUAGAACAGGAGCAGGAGGAGCUAUCAAAGUCAUGAUACACUGUGAUCAGUGAGAUGAGGGGUUACUAUGGCAACAUAAUAAAAUAGAUGAUUACAUUAAAGAUUGUAAGAUGAGGCGGAAAUAAGAAACUUUGAUGAGUAAGAUGGUGGGUUACUAUGGCAACUCAAAGAGAUCGGUGUAGAUACUAUGAUUACAUAAUGAUAAAUGAGAUUAGGGAAGGCAAAGUGUAAGGUUAUUAAAAUGGGUUACUAUGGCAACACAAAGGAGAAUGUGUGGAUAAUUGAUGACAGCAUUGAGUUUUGCGAGAUGUAGCGGGAAAAAGGGACUUUGGUCAGGAAAAUGAUGAGAGGUUGCUUUUGUGAAUAAUUUUGAUACUUGAAUUU